AAUACGGAGUAUCAUCUAACACAAUUUUUAUUUCUAACAAACAAUUUCUUCUUCUUCUUGUUCAACUAUCCUAUCUUUCUCUUCAAUAUCCUUCGAAAUUCUAAGUUAAGCUAAAAAAAAAUGUCAGGGAACAAUAACGAGACUUCAUGGGCAGAUCAAUGGGAUCCACAACCAGCUUACGGCGGCGGCCAUGAUUAUAAUGACAACAAAGCGAAGAAGAAGGGCGGCGACAAUGGUUCCGGUGGCGGCGCAAAGAAGAAGGUUGAAGAAGGACUUGCUAAGACUAAGGAUGUUGCUUCUACUGGUUUUAAGAAGGUCAAACAGGGUACUUCGUUUGGGUUCAAUUGGAUCAAAGACAAGUGCCAGAAAACCACCCAAAAAGAGUGAUUCAUUAUAAUUUUUGUUACAAACCCAUGUUAUUUUAUUUAUGAUCUUAAUUAAUCUUUAUCGUUAAUUAGAAUUCAUAUAUAUGUGUAUAUUAUAUGAUUUGAUUUGAAUCUUUCAAGGUUGAUCUUACUUGGUUUUUGUAUAUCUUUUGGAUUUGAUUUUUUAUUUUGAUGACGA